UUUUAAUUAACACAAUUGUGCGGCGUAGUGCAAAGCACUUUACAAGCUUCCAAUAAUACUGACUACCAUCCCCAUCAUUUAGAAAGGCUAUGCUGCAUGCUUCAUCAGAGUUAUAGCAACGCACAAGCUGACGGGAAGUAUUUAUUUUUGAGCGUGUGAAUAUAUUUAAAGCGUGAAUAAUGAUCACAACUAUUCUGUGGUUGAUUUGCUGUAAUAUGACGCUACUUUACAUGUUCUCAAUUUGGAAUUUUGGUUAUUGGAAGAAACGUCGAGUUAAUGGCCCCAAACCAAGACCAUUUUUAGGUAGUUUUCCCAGUGUUUUUACGCAGAAACGCCACAUUGCUAUGGAUAUACAAGAAAUUUAUGAAGCUUAUAAAUGCACGGAUAACUAUGUAGGAAUUUACAACUGUCGUACACCCCUAUUGAUGAUAACAGAUGCCGAAUUGAUUCAUCAUAUUUUGGUAAAGGAUUUUAAACAUUUCCAUGAUAAUGAGAUAUCAACAAUGGCCGAUGAAAAAUCAGAUUAUAUUUACGGUAACCACCCAUUGGCAUUAACUGGAGAUGAUUGGUACGAGCGGAGAAGUGAUAUUAAGCCCGGCUUAGCCUUACCCAGGAUGAAAUUAAGCUUCUCGGUGAUAUCAAAAAUCAGUCAUAAUUUAGUAGAAUAUAUUGAAAAACAACAAACAUAUGGUGAUCAGGAAGGCAUCGAUGCAUUAGAUCUAAGUUUACGUUUCAUCAGUGAAGUUGUUGGGGAUUGUAUUUUGGGUCAAAGAGUCGAAAUAUUUACUCAAAAGACACAUCCAGCUGUGAAGAAUGCUAAACAACUCUCCAAACAAUCAUUUAUUUUUGUCAUCUAUAUGAUUCUGGUGGGUCUGGCGCCGUCAUUGAAAAAGAUUAAAAAAUUUCGUUUUCUAUCACGUUCGUUGGAAAAAUUUUUCAUAGGCCAAAUCCGAAAUGCCUUUAAAGAAAAAACAGGAAAUGGACCCAUUGGGAAUUGCAACGACUUUUUGAGUUAUCUUCGCCAGUUGCAAAAGAAAAAGGGACUAAGAGAGGAUGAGGUGCUAACUCAUGCUACGACCGUGUUAUUGGAUAGUUAUAUGAGUAUUCCAGCUGUUCUAGCUCAUUGUCUACUAAUGCUGGGUCGCGACUCUUUGCGGCAACAUGCGUUGAGAAGUGAAAUCACUAAAAAGUUGGGAGAAGUGAUUGAUAUUGAUGUUAUUGCAAAAAUGGAUUAUCUUGAUGCUUGCAUUUAUGAAACCAUUCGUGUCUUUCCACCAACAAGUUUUAUGACUAAAGUCUGUACAAAAUCUACGGAAUUGACUAAUAAAAACGGACAAAUACUCAAAAUUGCUGUAGGUACACCUGUUAUUUUACCCAUUCAUGCUGUUCUCAAUGAUGGUCAAUAUUAUGAAAAUCCAACGAAGUUUCAACCUGAGCGCUUCUUGCAAGGAAAACUACAAAAAUUCAGAGAAACGGGACUUUAUUUAGCAUUUGGUGAUGGGCCAAGAGCUUGUUUCGGAGAACACUUUGCGUUAAUUCAAAUAAAAAGAGCCCUUAUUGAAGUUAUUCGGAGCUAUGAAGUUAGCAUCAAUCCCAAAACCCGCUCUGAUAAUAUUUUCAACCCAAUGACUAUGUUGUCACAACUUAAUGGGGGAAUUUGGUUGAACUUUAAAAAACAAUCUUAGGCACAUGAACCAGUCCUUUUAUAAUA